AUGUCUGCUCAAGCGUCCACUGCGGCGAACAACAAGCCGUCGACAUCCAGUGGCCCUAGCUCUGCAGGAGUUGAUGAUAUAGAAAAGCUCCUCAGUCGGGAAGCUACUGCAUUUCAACGGGAGAUAGAGGUUGAGCGUAUCUUAAAGGCUUUCAAACUCAACCCGUAUGAAAUUUUAGACAUAACGGAAGAUGCCACGGCUGAGGAAAUCAAGAAGAAGUACAGACAGCUCUCGCUCUUCAUCCAUCCUGACAAGACGUCCCAUGCCCGUGCACCAGAUGCCUUUGACCUUCUAAAAAAGGCGGAAGCUGAGCUCUCCGACAAGGCCAAAAGAGAGGAAGUGGACGCAGUCAUCAACCAAGCACGAGCUGUCCUUCUCAAGUCUUUGUCACUUCCUACAACGACGUCCAAUGGCGAUUCACGCUUGAAGGAUUUGACUCCUCCUUGGCGUCAGCAGCUUCUUGCGAAAGCAAAAGAGCUCCUGAUUGACGAGGAGGUUAGACGGAGAAAGGCCGUCAAGAUGAACCUAGCAAACGAAGGUCUUGAGGCGCGCAAGAAAGAGGAAGAAGUCACCGCCAGGAAGCGCAAAGCUGAAGACGAUGCGCGUUGGGAAGAAAACCGCGAGCAGCGCGUAGAUAGCUGGCGUAACUUUUCCAACACGAAGAACAAGAAGAAGAAGCAAAAGGUCGCAAUCUUAGGCUGA